AUGCCUGCUGCCCCCACGAAGACCAUGCAGUGCCAGGAGCUGAUGCAAGAGCACGUGUCCACGGAGCUCUCGGCCACCACCCCUGUGCAGCCCUCCUCCCAGACAAAGGAAAGUGAUUCAAAGGCGACCUCCGGACAGGAUACUGACCAGUCCUUCCCGCAGAUCCCAGAGGGACAGUGCCUCAAAGUUCUCUGUGCACAAGGUCGAGGCCAGAUAAACACUCGGGACCCACCACUCCUGGCCAGUGAGGCAGAGCAGAGGAACCGGCGAUACGGUGUUCUUCAGCUUGCGGCCCUGAGCUCCGACACUCCUGCGGGGCCGGAGCGUUCCCGAGUUCGCGGAGAAGUCGCAGUCGCUCACCGCGCCCAAGACAAAGCCGUGUUCCGAGCCCAGGGCCAGGGGAUCCAAUGCAGCGUCUCCAGGAGGAAGGAGUCCGCCACGAUGCUCUACGACAGCAUCAACCGGGAGCACGCCCUGCAGCUGGAACCACCGGCCUCGGAUGACUCUGACAGCUACAAGUGCAUUGCAAGCAAGGAAGAUGCACAGGCCAUGUACACGGUGUCCUUGCUGGUGGCGGAGGGUGAGCAAGAAAUGGAUUUCAAAAAGAUGUUGAAGAAGAGGGCUUCCCCUGCUGCCAAGAAGAGACAAGAGCUAACAGACCAGAAAGAGAUGCUGGAGACUUUGUCCAAGGUGCCCAUGAAGGACUUGGAGAAGGUUUGCAGGGAACAUGAUUUCACUGGCUUCUCGGAGUCACUCACUAAGCUCACAGGUCUGAAGAAGAGAGCAGAAGUGGAAGUCAUGCCUAGCAGGGGCAGGAUCCAGGGCCUGCGUGUCCUGGCACAAGGUCUCCCUCCCCUACACACACACUCCGAGGCAAACUUUUUACUGAGUAAGAGAGAAAGGAACCCAAGUCACCUUCCUUCCACCUCUCCUCUCUUCACCUCCCAGGUACCUAGUACCUGUUCCACAAAUGGGGGCUUUUUUCUUACCUCCCAUGCUAUUCCUGUCCUAAAUCUCCCAGUUGAUCAGUGGGGAAGGGUCCACCCCAGGUCUCCCCCAGGAUUAUGGAGCCAGCCUGGGCAGGCUAUGGACGCCCUGACAUGUGCCAGUUUGUUAUCACAACCUCAGCCCAUCCAGAUUCUGAGCUCCUGGAAGACAGAGAGCAGGACUGACACGACAGUAGCCCUUGACUGCAUCAUGGAGCUGAGACCCAAUGUCAAGCUGACUCAGAUCAAGGAUACUGAGCCACUGGGGACCCGGGACUCCCUGGGCAGGUACGACAUGCAGCAGAUGAGCACCAAGUACCUGCUGGUUAUUACCACCUUAGUGGAUAUCAGAGAGAGGAAUGGGGAGGAGGAAGAAAAUGAGAUGGAGAUGAAGCCGCCGAAGGUGACAGAGCGCCAGCCAGCCAUAUCUGACAGCUGUCUCUCCAAGAAGGAGCCUAACUUUGAGUGGAGGUUCAGUGGACAGGAGCUGAAGAGGGGCUACAAAUAUGAUGAUGGGCUGUGCCCCACGCCUAAGAUGAGGGAUGCCGGAGUCUGUGAUAGUGGCCGGCUUAGGCUCAGCUUCCUAGUGAACAUGAGUGACUGGACAAGGGAGCAGGCCCAGGUGCUUGUCCUUCUGUUCACAGGCAUCCCCAUCAAAUUUGUGAGCGCCCUGCCAAAUGCACGUGUGAAAGAAGAGAGCCAUGCAUGGUGCGAGUGUGAGCUGACGCCCAGGGAUGUGACACUCAUUGCAAGAAAGACAGGCAGCUGCUGGCACACAGGCAAGUACAGCACGAGCCACGAGGGCAAGCGAGCAGAGCUGGCCAUGGACAAUGCACCGCUCAGCGAUGGCGGCGAGGACACCGUGGAUGGGGCACCCAGUGAAUACAGCAGUACUGCCCUGAGUGUGGAGGAACAUCUGGCCACCGUGAAGAGUGAUUCCAACAUGCACACAGCCACAGGGAGUCCACAAAGAGCCGAGUUGUGCAUGGUGCUGAACGAUGAGAAGGCGGAGGGCGUGUGGCAUGAAGGGGCAGACGAGAUCACGGACUUGCCAGGCGUGUAGAUUGGGAAGCAGGGUGCAGUGCUCAAGGUCAUCCCUGAUAUGGGCCUGGAGUAAAAGGGCAAGUGCACAUUCCUGGCCAAGGGCAUUCAGAGCAAAGCCUUGGCAUUCACUGCAGAUCCUCCUACCGUCCACCCAUCAGUACUGGAGGCUCUGGCCAUGCCCCUGGCCGUGAAGGUGAGCCACACUGCCCACAGCAAGGUAGCAUUCUGGGUGAAGCCAUUGCCCGAGGUGAUAGCACAGGAUGGCACAGAGGUGACAGAGGAGGAACAGGUGUCCUCAGAACCCAGGGAGGACCAGGUGCCGCUCACCAGCAUAAGGGAAGACAGAGGCCUCGUCCUGCUGGAGCUCAAGAAUGACCACAGCUCAGCCACUGCCACUCUGCAGCUGAGUGUGCUGAGUGAGGGUGGGGGCUGGGCUGAAUGUCCCUGGUAUAGGGAGCGCUCAGAGGAGGGGAACUUGUGUGGAAGGGGACAAGGGAGUCAGCUAAAGCAAGCAGCCCCCAGGUCUCCAACCCACCCAUUCCUCCACUGGCAGGAGGCUCCAGGUGCCAAGGAUCCAGUUCUUCAGAUGAGUCCUGGAGAGGGGGGAUGGACACAGGGAAGGGCAAGGGAGCCCGGGAGCCCAGGAGCCCAGACUCCAUCUGAGCCCCAGGCAGGCCAGCCCUCCUGUGAGUGGGAGGAGACCAUUCUGUGCCUUUGCUCCGAAGCCACGUCCUGCAGCUGUUCUCUGUCCCCAGGCCUCGCCACGGCUCUGCAGGGCCCAGCGGAGUCACUGAGGCUCUCAGGUAACCGUGUGCACAUGAAGUGGAAGGCCCCAAAGGACAACAGCAGGUGCCCUGUGGCACGUUCCAGAGUGGAUCAGACAGCAGUCAGCAAGAAGUCCUGGAUUGGGAGGCGCGAGGUGAAUGGCAUCACCAACUCCUCUACCACCAAGAUCGCAGAGGGACCAGCCGACCGGUUCCGUGUGGUGGCAGUCAAUUUGGAAGGUGUGAGUGACCGCUGGAAACUGACAAGGUCAGACCAGGAACCCUCUGGAUGUGCCCAGAACGUGCGCCAAUUCCAGGGCACCCACUCCACUUCUUUCUCCAUCCCAGAAAUCAUCUGGAACCCAAAGCCCCUUGGUCUUGCUUCCCAGCCUCAGGUGACUGAUGUGACCUAAGAAACAGUGACUGUCAUAUGGAAUGUCCCCACCCAGGAGGGCCCAGUGCUCGGUUACACUGUGGGGCACAAUAAAGGUGAUAAGCUGUGGGUGCCAGCCAACUAGGACCCCAUCUGGGGCACCAAGUGUACUGCAGAUGGUCUCCUGGAGGACACAGAAUGUGAAUUUUGAAUGACAGCUGUGCAUACGGCAGGCCCUGCACAGCCCAGUGUGCCAUUCAGCUCAGUGGUAGCCAACAUUCCUGUUAAACCCCCAGGCCUGGUGCAAGGUCUGCACAUCUCUUUGGCCUGGCAGGUGCCUGUAGAGGGAGACCCACCCCCCAGCUACAUCCUUGAGAUGUGGACUGAAGACAGCAAGGAAUGAUCUAAGUGUGCAAAGAUCCCCAGCUCAGGCACCUGCUACACAGUGGGAGGCCUCACUGAUGUCUUUCAAAUCUGGGCUGUGAAGGAGGCUGUUGGAGGCCCCAUGGAGCUGGACAAGGGGGUCCGUGCCAUGGCACCACCCGCGGCCCCCAAGUUUGACCUCAGUGCCUGAAUGAAGAGUCAUGUGGUGGCUCACGAUGGGACAGCCCUCUGCAUCUGCGCAGCCUUCUCUGGAUAACCACCCCUCCACAUGCUCUGGUAGCAAGAUGGCAUCCCUACCAAGGAAGAAACUAUCACCAAGGGCUAAAGCCACUCCUAAUUCCUCCUCAACAGCACCACAUGCUCUGACUUGGGUGGCUAUCAAAUCUUGCUCCAGAAUGAGUUUGUAGAGGCAUGCUACAAUGUCCAUGUGCACGUGACAGUUAUAGAUGGUGGACAGAGGCUUCUGGGAGCCCCUACACACCUACAGUUGUUUGAGGAGGUUCCCAACAUGGUGACUCUGACCUGGAACCACAGCCCCAACGUGCAGGAUGGAGAGCCCACUGCGUCAUCAUGAAGUAGGAUCCAAGCCCUGCCCCUGGUCCACUGUGGCAACAAGUGCCCCGUGACAGGGUUGCUCCCAGGCAGGAAGUAUUACUUUAGGGUGGUGACCAAUGAAAUUGGUGACAGCGACCCACUGGACUCCAAGGGUACAUGGCUUGUCAAUGAGACCAAGUGCAUUCACUGCCCACCCCGCCCUGCCCAUGUAGUCCAGCACCUGAAGCCCCAUGAACGGAAGGACUGGCAUCAUGCACCAGGCUUCCUGACCCCGCUCAAGCCGCACAAGGUGCUCUGUGACCAGGACUGCACCAUAACUUGCACCUUCCUUGGGAACCCGUGUCCCAUGGUGACUUUCUACAAGAGCGAUGUCAACAUAACGGCCAACUCCAACUCCGGGAGUGGUGUGUGCAUCCAGGUCAUCCCCACUGCACACGCUCAAGGACAGCAGGAGCACAGCACACUGGUAGAGAACAAGCUGAGCAAGGACCACAGCAGCUGCACGCUCACCGUCUAUGACAAAAAUGACAAGACAACCCUGGCACCCAAACAGAGUCUGCAGAAGAAAUCAAAGCACCUUACCAAUCUCUAUAAAAACUAG